AGCGAUGUAGUUCAGAUUUUUUCAAUUACAUAUAUUUUUCUCACUGUUAACUUAAACAGAGUAUCUCCUCCAGUACUAUUAAGAGAAACCAGCAACAAAUACCAUUUACAAAGUUAUACUUUUUCGUCUACUUAAACGUCUUAGAGUAUUCUUAUCCAUUGGCAUAUCUUUAGUUUUUUGUGUUGUUAAGGCGUUCUUUAAACAAGAUUAAACAAGAUCAGUGUAAUUAACUAGAAACGCGUAUCCACCAUGUUCUCGUCACAAGAGUCUAUACAAAGCCGGAAGCGUUCAGCAGAAGAAGAGGACGUAGAAUACGGCAGUGACUACCACAGUAACACAUCUUAUGAUUCAGAUAUGUAUACAUCACACGAAUUCAAGAAACUACAACGUCAUAAAAUACACUCCGAACUUCAUUAUCACAGUAUCCAAGUGCUAUUGGAUGCCCAGAGGCAGUUAAAUCGUUUGGAGAAACAACCGGAACAGGAACAUAAUGAAGUUCAGAUGACUCCAGAACAUCAACAAGAAGCUCAACCGGAGUCUCAGUAUCAUCAGAAACCCUUCUGGCCUCAGCUUAACAAACUUGGCUCCUCUUAGUAGAUCCUCACUACUAUAGCAUACAAAAAAGUAUUUGAGGUAGUUUACAGGUAAUGCACUGUACGAAUUACACCCUAAAAUAGUUAAGUUAUCACCCACGAACACAUCAAUUGUCUUAUACAGAGUUGGGUAUAAUAUAGAAGUAGGGUGUCUUAUACAAGUGGGGGUCAUAGUAAUACCUAUACAAGUGUGGGGCCUUCUGAGCAUUAGCAUAAGUAGCAUAAGCAUUAGAAUUAGUAUUAGCAUACAAUACUAAGUUGAAUACCAUUCGACUAAUUACAUAGGGGCAUAUUGCCUAAACCUACAUAUCCUGUAUAACAUCAUGUAUCGAUCAUUCUGGCAAUGAACAACACCAUCUAGAA